ACAAUUCUCUCUGAACUCACCUGCGUUAUGACAAAAUAUUUGAUUUCGUUACCAGGCCUUAGGUUUCACUCCCUGUUAAUCCCAAGUUUUAUAUAAGAAGUAAAUAGGUUGUGUCACAUGCUUGAUCAAAAGUGGUUUAUUUUGCAGGGAAAAAUUUAGUGAAAUCUAAUUAAGUAACUCCAAUUAAGAUAAUGGUCUGGUAUUGUUAUUUUGUACUGCAACAGCCUGUAGGGGAAAACUGAAAAACGAAAGUUUUACAGGUGUAGUGUGUCAACAAGGACCAGACAUUUUCAUGUUUGACGAUUUUCCCCCUGACCAUGCAGACACUUAAAUUUUAAAAUUUGACACUUUCUAUAUUGAUAGCAAUUAAGAUACCUAUAUUCUGUAAAUAAUUAAUUUCAUAUGGAGAUGAUUUGGGGAAGAUAUAGUGCAAGAGAUUGUGGUAAUGAUUAGACAAUGAUAAAAAGAUAGGCAUGUUGAUUACGGGUUUGAUCACAGCUGAUGCCAUGUCCAGCUGUCAGUCCAGAUAACUGUUGACAUCCGCUGGUGUGAACAGUCUGGACCAUACCGUCAUCAUUAUAUCACUCCUCAUUUACAUACGUAGUAUUGACUUCUUUUUCAGUAGUGUUUACUUUGAAUUUCCAGAUGUUAAUAUUUUCUGAAUUUUCCAUAUUGUUUUAAAUUGUUUAAAAAUGUCAGGGAUGGAUAUAUCAAUUGUUGACAGUGGAACUUGUUCAUUUGAAAUUUGAUGAAAGUAAAGAAAUUCAAAUCAAAAUCUAAUGAUUGAAUUUGUAAGGUUUCUAAAAUGAUUAAUAUUUUCAGAGAUUAUUUAAUCAAUGUAACUCUUUAAUUAGAUAGUGUAUUACAAUUUACCUGAUAUAAACAUGACCAGUUACAUUUAGUCAUUGAUUUCUAUAUUGUUCCGUUGUGGUAGCGAUUUUAUUAAGGUGGUCACAAACAAGCAUGUGUAUCACAACUUCCCUGGCAUCUCGGCUAACUUAUUGUUGGUGACAAAGUAGGCAGUCCCUGAGUUCACUCAUGUGUGACUCGAGAGCAGUUAGCUCUAUCAGAGAGUCGGAACGAGGGAGGUGUGCGAUAGUCAGGAAAAAUUAAGUUGCUUUUACUGUUAUGGUGUUCUUGCUGUAGUGUGUAACAAGGGAAAUAUUUAAGUUGUGUUAACAGCUUAGUGGGUCUGUUUGUCAGAGAGAUUAUCAUCAACCUUGAUUGUGAGGAUGGACAAUGGCCACAUCAUUAAUUUCUUGUCUGUUGUAACUUCAGAAUUUCCAAAUGGAGAAGAAAUUGAAAAUUUGUGUUGACAUACAAGAGGAAGCAUGAGUUUUUAAAAGUGAUUGGUUUGUUUGUCGUAAAAGGAGCUAAGCUGUAGAUAAAUAAACCCUGAUAUAGGUGCAAUGAUAUAAACAUCAGCAGAGGUGCUGAUCCGUUAAUGUGAUUCUGAACUGGACAUUUAACUUCUUCUCUGUGCCUAGACACAUAAGUUUUACAACAAGGUAGUGAUAUAAAGGAGUGAAUGGUAACCCAGUGUGUUGGAAAUGACCGCUGACUCCAGUUAUUGUGAAGGAUAAACACAUUCAAUCAUGGCGGCUCUGCUCCUACUGGGGGCUUUAUCCAUUUUCGUGACUUCUUCUGCGGAAAUUUAUGUUGCCGACUUUACUGUGAAUGAACAAGAACCACCAGGGAACAAAAUUGGGAACAUACCUGAAACAAGCAAUCUGGUUCAAAAAGCAAACCUUUCCGCAGAGGUGUCGAACAAAAUGCGGUAUACUUUUCUUCAACCUGAUAAUGAAUAUAAAACUGUAUUCAGCAUCAACGAUGUCACUGGUGAUCUUUUUUCAUCAACAACCAUUGACAGAGAAGAACUGCAGAAGUGUCGAGACUUUACAGAUUGUGUUUUAACAUUUGAUGUGGCUGCAAAUGAUGGUUUUGGAGAGUUUCAAAUUGUUACAGUUAAUGUCCACAUAAAGGACAUCAACGACAAUGCCCCACAAUUCCCAGAAUCUGCAAUAACCAUCAACAUUUCGGAAACAUCUAGCGUCGGCCAUCUUGUUCAACUUCCUGCUGCUGUGGAUCUGGACACAGGGAUAAACAAUGGAGUCCAGAGCUAUGAAAUUUUCCCUGCCAAUGGAACUUUUGGACUUGUAACUACGAAAAAGUUGGAUGGAAGCUUUGAUGUGAAGUUAAGGUUGCAGAAACGACUAGAUAGAGAGAAAACUACAAGAUAUAUCUUUCAAAUUUUUGCAAAAGAUGGUGGAACUGAAAGGAACACUGGGAAAUUACAAGUUGACAUAAAUGUUUUAGAUGAUAAUGACAAUCCCCCAGUGUUUAGUGAAUCAAUUUACAAUUUAACUGUAAGUGAGGAUACCCAGCCAGGAACCACGAUUCUGACUGUGACCGCCUCUGAUAAAGACAGUGGUAUGAAUGGAGAGGUGGAGUAUCAUAUCAGUCAACAAGCCUUCAGUGAUAUCUUUUCCAUCAACUCCAAAACUGGUGACAUCUCCCUGAUUAAGAAACUAGUGUAUGAACCAAAUGAAAUUUUUUCCUUUUUCGUGGAGGCCAGAGACAAAGGAGCUAUUCCAAAUUAUGCCCAGAUCAAGGUGAACAUUGAGAUAGAGGACGCUGGAAACAACCCCCCUGUGGUCAAAGUCAACCUGGUGUCAGGGAGUGGUGGGGUGGUCCCUAUAUCUGAACUUAUCAAUCUCAAUGCAUUUGUGGCACACAUUAGUGUGGAAGAUUCAGACACUGGUAACAAUGGCAAUGUGGAGUGUACGAUCUCUUCCUCUUACUUCGGAAUUGAGCCUUUGUCUAGUAAAGGCUACAAGGUGGUGGUGAAGAGACCACUGAACAGAGAAACGGCCAGUCAACACAAUAUAACCGUCACUUGUAGAGACUUUGGAACUCCUCGCCUCCAGGCUUCUGAGAGUUUCAUUGUGAAAGUUGUGGAUGAAAAUGACAAUAAACCAGAGUUUUCUCAGUCCGUUUACUUUGCAAGCAUAGAAGAAAACAACCCUGCUGGAGUCACAGUUACCAAAGUUUCGGCAACAGAUGAGGAUGUAGGACUGAACUCACAGAUUCAGUAUGUCCUCCACAGUGAUGCAGGCUCGUCUUUUAGCAUCAAUCGCAUCACUGGGGUCAUCAACGCCACUGGAGAUUUGGACAGGGAGACAACUAGUGACUAUUUAUUCCGUGUCCUGGCAGUGGACAGUGGUGUUCCACCAAAAACUGGCACUGCCACUAUGAUUGUCAACAUUACUGAUAUUAACGACAACAAGCCAAAAUUUACAGAAUCCCUUUUCACAUUUGAAGUCAACGAAGGAAGUGACCCAUAUACCCCUAUUGGCGCUGUCGUAGCUCAUGAUCCUGACGUGGGAUUGAAUGCAUUCGUGCAGUAUUCCAUGUCGCCACAAGAUAUAAAUGUUCCAUUUCAAGUUUUACGGAAUGGUACCGUCAUCACCAGUACUACACUGGACAGGGAAUUCCUAAGUCAGUAUAAUUUUAUGGUGUAUGCUAGAGACAGUGGAAAUCCUUCUCUGAACAGUUCUGCUUAUGUCACAGUGUACGUAAUGGAUGCUAAUGAUAACGCUCCCACCAUUCUGUUCCCAAACAAAAUGAACAACACUGUUUCUUCAACUGUCACCUCCCUACCCAUCACAAAAAUCGUAGCAGAAGACAAGGAUGAUGGGAUCAACAGAAAGCUCACCUAUUUCAUACAGAAUGGAAACGAGAAAGGGAUGUUCAACCUCCAUUCUCAGACAGGAGAGCUUUUCCUUAAUCGUGAUUUCCAGAUCAGUACCGAUCAGUCUGUCAGCCUGACUAUUUGCGUCAGGGAUUCUGGAGUUCCUGCAAAAACUGCCUGUACGCAACUUAACGUUGAAGUGACCAUAAACAACGUCACAAUAUCCAAACACACACAGGAAGCAGACAACAAAUAUAUCUACAUUUCCAUUGGUGUUAUCAUCUUCACUAUCAUCAUUUCGGUUGGCAUUGUCGCUGUUAUAUUAGUCAUCAGGAAGAAAGAUAACGAUCGCAAUAAGCACAAGUCCAGUCCCGGUCCACUGGGAGUUCCCACCCAGAAUGGAUACACCCCAGCGGGCACCUCUACCCUACCUAAUUCUACCGCAGAGGAGGAGUACAUGGAGAGGAAGAAAGUGACGUUCAAUACAGGGACGAAAAACGACGAGCAGCGAAACAAUCCCAGCAAUUACAGCUCCAACAUCACACAAAAUAAUUUAUAUGACAAGCCACCCUCAUAUUCCUCCCUGAAAUCAGAUUCCAAACUUGAGGCCAUGAAUCCAUUAAAAUUCCAACAUAUUCUACUGAAAAAGGACAACCCGGGUGCUCCCCCUGGUAGAGUACAUCCUAGCGACAGUAAUAGUGACACAUCAGGGGAGACAAUCCCAUCAGACAGUGGUCGAGGUGGAAGUGAGGACGAUAAUCCCAGCACUACUCACACUGCAGAUGAUUCCAGAUCAUUUGAUUUCUACAAUAUGCAAUCUAUGCCUCCCAUUUCCUUCACUUCAUCACUGCCAAAGAAAGACAGUAAACCUCCCAGACCCCCUCCCUGUAGCAUACCCAGCAGUAGUGAAAAAAGACACUCAGCUGUUCCCUUUAAUAGUGCUCAUAAUAUGCCAUAUACUCCCAUCUCAUACACAUCACACAAUCACUCUGAUCCCUGGGACUACAUGAAGUCCUCAUACUACCCCAGUGUUCACAAGGACUAUUUCAGUCUUGGUGGUGGAGGCAGCAUUAUAAGCACAACAAAAUCUCGAGAUGACGAUGAUGAUGCAGCCACAACUACAUCGGGCAGCUACACAAUUAAUCCUGAAGAGCUAGACGAUGAUCUCAACUUCAGAUGUGCUAAUGACUAUGUUGUGUAGAAAACUAGUAAAUGUGAUACUGUGACUGUGCCAGAUACCUAGAUUUACUGAGCUGCAUCGGAGACUAGAUGUAGCCAGUGUUACAUGUUUUAAUGUGAGUUACCGUGUACGAAAUUCGGAAACAAAUAGUUUCAUGAUAUAUGGCUUGGACAUUUCCUAUUUAAGUGGGAGGUCAUUUAUCAAUUAUUUAGAAGAGAGAACUGUACAGAGGAGAUGUAUAGGACAAUAAUCUUGCUGCCAUAAAUACUUUUUUUCAGUAUUAUUGUUUUUGACACAAGUUUUAAAGCUUUCAUACCAAUGUCUACAAAUUUUAUGCAGGUUUACAUUUUCGAUGCAUAAUUAAUCCCAUUGUCAACAUUUUUUUUCAUUUCCUCAUUUCCCUCGCAAAUUCAUAUGUAUGAAAGCUCUGUGUUUUGCAUUCCAGAGAGGACAGCAAUUGGUUAAGUUUUACUGGAGGCGACAGUGUUGUCUAAUUUUUCUUUGUUAUACCAAGUUACAAUAUAUGCUCAUUAUUUUUACAUGUUAUAUAUUGAACUAAAUAAUAAAAUGAAUAAGGGCAAUGAAA